GAUUCUCAUAUUGAUAUUUAAGUUUAGAUUGUUAGAUGAAAAAAUCAUAUAUUGAUGUGUGGGUUGUUCUGCUGAGAAACGGGAACUUGAAUUAAUUUUUCAAUUGAUGACUGUUUUUUCCUGAUUAAUUGGAAAUAAGGAGAUAUGUUACUGAGAUUCGGUGUUAGUCGUUUGGCAGCAUGUCGCUUUUCAACCAGUGCAGCAACAAGUACUGCACAUGUUCCAAAAGUAUGCAUAGUUGGCAGUGGCCCAGCAGGGUUUUAUGCAGCACAACAAAUUAUAAAGAGUCAUGAGACAGCAGAAGUAGAUAUAUAUGAAAAAUUGCCGGUUCCUUUUGGGUUAGUGCGAUAUGGUGUUGCCCCAGAUCAUCCUGAAGUGAAGAAUUGCAUUAACACAUUUACCCAGACUGCAAGUAAAAGCAGGGUAACAUUUUUGGGCAAUGUGGAUAUUGGCUCAGAUGUGACCUUUUCACAGCUUCGGCAAGCUUAUCAUGCAGUUAUUUUGGCCUAUGGUAAUGCAAAAGAUAGAACACUAAACAUCCCCGGUGAAGAAUUACCAGGGGUACUAUCAGCAAGGCAGUUUGUUGGAUGGUACAAUGGGCUUCCUGAAGAUGCUGGCCUGAAAGUAAACCUUGAUGUAGAGUCUGUAGCUGUUGUUGGACAAGGAAAUGUUGCUUUGGACGUUGCAAGAAUUCUUCUCACGCCAAUGGAUAUGUUAAGGAAAACUGACAUUCCUGAAAAUGUCUUGGAGUGCCUUAAUAAAAGCCAAGUGAAAUAUGUAACCUUAAUAGGUCGAAGAGGACCACAGAAUGUUGCCUUUACCAUCAAGGAACUGCGAGAAAUGGUCAACCUGCCAGGUUGUCGACCUAACUUAAUUAAGGGCAAUUAUCAGCAUUUGAAAGAUUUGAUCCCAAGUUUGCCUCGCCCUCGGAAAAGGUUGUUAGAAUUGUUAGCCAAAACAGCAUUAGACGCUCCUGCCCCAGCCCUUGCUUCAGCAUGGGCAUCAGCACAAAAGGAAUGGAGACUAAGGUUUCUGUUAAGCCCAGUAGAAGUUCUUGCAGGAGCUGAUGGUCAGACUGUCUGUGGCUUGAAAUUAGCUCAUAACAGACUGGAAGGUGACGGGGAAAACCAACGUGCUGUGCAGACAGAAGAAACCGAGACUCUUGAAUGUGGUCUUGUCCUGAGAAGCAUAGGCUACAAGGGCAUCCCCAUUGACUCUAGUUUGCCCUUUGAUCAACGCACAGGCACAAUUGCCAACAAUAACGGCAGAGUCAAAGGACAGAAUGGAGUGUAUGUCAGUGGAUGGAUUGGCACUGGGCCGGUUGGUGUCAUUCUGUCCACGAUGACAAGUGGAUUCACUAGUGGAAAGAUGUUGGUGGCCGAUAUAAACUCAGGUCAAGUUGAUGUUUCCAGUGCGAGAGGUGGGAAAGAAGAAGUACUGGAUAUUUUAUCCGAGAAAG